AGGUCUGUGCCAAGAGAAUCAUAAUCUUACUCGUAGUGGUAAGAGGUUAGAGAGUCUUGCCAAGAAUAUAGCAUCUGGUCUUGCACGGGAACACUUACGCUAAGAACACGCGGCCCUCCAUCUUGUUCAGGAUUGCAGAUCGCCACAAUGAUUGUAGAGAUCCUGCUGUUCGCGGUGGCAGUGUUUCUGCUUCACUACUGGAUGUCCAGGCCUCGGGGAAUGCCACCGGGUCCGAUGGUUAUACCAUAUCUUGGCUCCAGGCCUGUCAUCAGUGUCGACCAUGUGCAGAAGAUGCACAAAAUAUAUGGAGAUAUAUUCAAGUCCGAAGUAGGGCCGCACAAGUUUAUAUUCCUUUGCAGCAACAAACUUAUCAAGGAAGCGCUGACAAAGGUGGAGUUUGCCGAUCGUCCUCAGUUAGAACUGUUGCACUUUUUGACAGAUGGAAUAGAGGCAGGUGUCAUAAUGAGCAACGGCCAACGAUGGCAGAACGCGCGGAGGUUCCUGCUGCGCAACCUCCGUGAUCUGGGCAUGGGGAAGACCUACCUGGAGGAGAGCAUCCUGGAGGAGGCCAGGGCGCUGGUCAAGGACUUCAGUAGCCACGCAGGAACGCCUUGCCAUCUGCCUGAGACGCUCAACGUUGCCGUCUUGAACAUCAUCUGGCAGUUGGUCGCAAACAAGCGCUACGACUACGACGACAAGGCGGUGCUCGAACCCAUCAACAUCCUGAGGUCCUUCGACUCGUCCUCCAUGGCCCUGCUGCUCGAGUUCAUCCCGUGGGUGAGGAAGCUGCUGCCGGAGUUCAUGAAGGAGAAGAUGAUCACGGGGCUGAUGAGGAAGGUCAAAGAGCAUCGUGACUCUGCUGAAGGACACAAUAGAUUCUCACAGAACCACGCUCGACCCGGCCAGCCCGCGUUUAAUGUAAAGAUCCCUGUUAUUACUAUUAUAAUUGUUUAUCUCAAUUAUUUUUAUCUGAAACUUUCGAUGACGAAGAGGCCAUUCAUUAGCAAUGAAUAUGAUAAGAGAAGGCCAAAUGUGCUCCCGGCAGAGCUGGAUCUGAUGAGGACCAUCUUCGACCUGUUCGCCGCGGGCUUCGACACCACUGCCAACACCCUGCGCUGGGUCGUCCUCUACAUGGCCAGGUUCCCCGAAGUGCAGCGCCGCAUCCAGCAGCAGAUCGACGAGGUUGUCCCGCGUGACACCUUGCCCUCCUACCAGCACAAGAGUCGGCUGCCAUUACUCGAAGCGAUGAUCCAGGAGGUUCUCCGCGCGUCGUCCAUGAUUCACAACGGAGUCCAACGUGCAGCUCAGACUGACACUUAUCUGGCAGGCUACCUCAUCCCGAAGGGGUCGUGGGUGUUCGGGUGCUCGGGAAUGUGCCACUCGGACUCGCGCUACUGGGACCAACCGCAGGAGUUCCGACCCGAGCGGUUCCUCGACCAAGAAGGAAGAGUCAAAACGCCGAAGGAGGGAUUCAUUCCCUUUGGUACAGGACGCAGGAGCUGUCUUGGAGAGGCUCUGUCAAGGAUGGAACUGUACAUCUUCUCGGCAGCCCUUCUGCAGAACUUCACUUUCUCUCCUCCAGCGGGCGUCGAGGUCGACCUUGAAGCCAGCCCCAAGCAACCAGGUGCACGCCUGGUUAAAGAACAAGAUAUUCUCAUCAGCAUCAGAGAAUGACAAUCUAAUCGUCUUGCACAUUCAAAGCAAUACCUACGUGCUCAUUUUACAUCGCAUAAAAAAUAUAUAUUAUCAUCAUGAUCACUAUUAGAAUCAGAAACAGCAGUCACUCUUGCUUGUCAUCAUACUGUUGUUUUGCCAAUAAGAUUUUUAUUAAUGUCUUUUAGUAUUACCAGUGCCGUCAUGAUUCUUUUUGUCGUUUGCCUAUCAAAAUGUAAGCCAAAGGAGAAGAGAAAGCUUUUUGACUGUUUUUUUAAGUUUGAAAUAUUCUUCUUGAUCUGUUCAGUAGAAAUUGGAUAGAUGAAAUUGUGUUUGCUUAUAAUUUCACCUUUGUUUAAGAACAUUGCAUCUCUUGUGUAGCCAAAUGACCGGUGUUGUUUAAAUUUCGGUUUUGGUACUGUAUCCUAAGUCAUAGUACCUGCAUACAAAACAGGGAUUCUUAUAACACGCUACAUAGGACUGUCUAUAUUAAAAUUUCAUGUCUCAUC